CCCACAGUUGGGUGUACACAACGCUGCUAGGCGUGAGCUGUGCAAACACUCACACCAGUCACGCAGUGACUUUUCACGCGAUUUUUCACGUUUCUCCGAUCAGUCGGUUGGUGAUCUUCGUGCGGGUAGCAACGCUUGGUUUUUUGUGUGAAUCUAAUUAGAAACGCCAUAUUGGAAAGUUGGAAGCAAUGCUCAGACUGCUGCUGUGGAUCGCAGUUGGCGCUUUGAUGUGCUGUUGCGUUCAAAGCAAGCGGGAAAUCCCGAUCGGUGCAAUUUUUCGGGACAGCGCCGAUGAAGCGGUGAUCGCUUUCCGGUAUGCGGUUGAGCGAGUCAACAUGCACGAGAAACAUUUCGAGCUGGUGCCGCUGAUUCGGUUCGUGCCGAACAUGGAGGACAGCUUUCGGAUGGAGCGUAAAACGUGCGAACUGGCGGCGGAAGGUGUAACGGCGAUCUUCGGACCCAGUUCGCUGUUGAGUGCCGGCAUCGUAAGUUCCGUCUGCCGUACGAUCGAAAUACCGCACAUUAUCACACACUGGGAUCCGGAGCCGCUAGGCGGCGUAGAUCCAGACCUGCAAGCAAUGACCAUAAAUCUAUACCCGGAUGCGGAUGUGCUAUCACAGGCUUUGCGCGAUUUAAUCGUAGACUACAGCUGGAAGAGUUUCACCAUCAUCUACGAUAGUGAUGAAGGUUUAGUGCGAUUGAAAGAUGUGCUGCAAAUACACGGACCAAGCGACAGUCCUAUUACGGUGCGACAGAUUGAUGACGACCCGGACUAUCGCCCAUUGCUGAAGGACAUUCAAUCCUCCGGCGAGAGUCACAUCAUACUGGAAGUCGAUCCCAGCAAGAUUCUAGACAUUCUACGGCAAGCGAAGGAAGUUAAAAUGCUGGAGGAAUAUCAAAACUAUAUUAUCACCUCGAUUGAUGCUCACACACUGGAUUUCGACGAGUUCCGAUAUUUCCGGUCGAACAUCACUGCGAUCCGGCUGAUGGACAGCAAAAGCUUCGAGAUCAGGAAUGCCGUCCAUGACUGGGAACAGGGCGAAGCAAGACAGAAGAAUAACUUUCGUGUCUCACCGGAGCAUGUGCAGACGGAAUCGGCGCUGUACAACGAUGCAGUGAAAAUCUUUGCCACGGCCAUCAGGGAGCUGGAUGCCACCGAAGAGAUCACCCCGUCGAGGCUCUCCUGUGGCAGUAAGAACCUCAGACAGUGGCCGUUUGGGUUGAGAAUCGUCAACUAUAUGAAAGUGAAAACCGAACACGGAAUCACUGGUCCGAUUAUAUUCGAUGACGACGGCCGGCGGACGUACUUCCAGCUCGAUAUAAUCGAGCUAAAUCAGCACGAAGGCUUCAAAAAGAUCGCCACCUGGGAUCCCCGGAACGGUGUCAAUUACACUCGUAGCCAGGAGGAUGUCCACCAGCAGAUUGUUGAGUCGCUGCAGAACAAGACGUUCAUUGUGGCUUCCCGACUUGGGGCACCGUUUUUAAUGAUGAAAGAAAAGAAGGAAGGAGAGUUCUUCGAGGGCAACGCCCAGUUCGAGGGCUACUCGCUAGAUUUGAUCGAUGGAAUAUCGCAGAUUUUGGGCUUCCAGUACCGGAUGAUACUCGUACCGGAUGGCAAGUACGGAUCGUACAAUAAAGCUACGAGAAAGUGGGACGGUUUGGUGAAGCAUUUACUAGAUCGGAAAGCUGAUCUCGCCAUUUGUGAUCUAACCAUAACGUACGAGCGGAGAACGGCCGUGGACUUCACGAUGCCCUUCAUGACACUGGGAAUCAGCAUUCUGUACGCCAAACCUACUCCCCAACCGAAGGAUCUGUUUUCUUUCCUCUCGCCACUAUCGCUGGACGUGUGGAUCUACAUGGCGACCGCGUAUCUGGGUGUGUCGGUGCUGCUGUUCGUACUGUCCCGAAUGGCCCCAGCCGAUUGGGAGAAUCCACAUCCCUGCAAGCAGGAGGACGUCGAAGAGGUCGAGAACAUCUGGGAUAUGUUGAACGCACUCUGGCUUACCAUGGGCUCCAUUAUGGGGCAGGGUUGCGACAUUUUACCCAAAGCCGUCUCCACGCGAGUCGUCACCGGAAUGUGGUGGUUCUUUGCGCUGAUUAUGCUUUCAUCCUACACGGCUAACCUGGCUGCCUUCUUGACGAUGGAACGAAUGGACGCGACUAUUGAAAGUGCCGAAGAUUUGGCUAAGCAGAGCAAAAUCAAGUACGGAGCGGUGCUGGGCGGUAGUACCUUGAGCUUCUUCCGAAGCUCGAACUUCAGCACGUAUCAGAGGAUGUGGGCUGCUAUGGAGUCCACCAGACCAUCGGUUUUCACCAAGAGUAAUGACGAAGGUCGCGAUCGGGUGAUGAAGGGUCGUGGGCUGUACGCCUUUCUGAUGGAGUCCACCUCGCUGGAGUACAUUACCGAGCGGUACUGUGAGUUGACGCAAAUUGGUGGCCUGUUGGAUUCGAAGGGUUACGGCAUUGCUAUGCCAGUCAACUCGCCGUAUCGAACCGCAAUCUCGGGAGCUGUUCUAAAAAUGCAGGAAGAGGGUAAACUGUCGCAGUUGAAAAACCGAUGGUGGAAAGAGAGACACGGUGGCGGUCGCUGUGAUGCCCCCGGAACGGUAGCCGCCGGAGACAGUGCAGCCGAAUUGGGCAUCGAUAACGUGGGUGGUGUUUUCGUUGUUCUGGCUUUUGGCUGCUUUUGUGCGUUUGUUAUCGGAAUACUGGAGUUCCUGUGGAAUGUUCGGAAGGUUGCCGUGGAGGAGAAGGUCACCCCUUGGGAAGCCCUAAUGGCAGAGCUCAAAUUUGCGCUGAAUCUCUCGAUCACCAGCAAACCGGUUCAUAACACUUUGAGUGAGUCUUCAUCCGGGAAGAGCUUGACGCGAUCGAAAUCGGAAUCGAGGCGGGAUUCGGAAUCGGCCGGAAGGGUGAACAACAUUCGCAGCGGUGCCAGCUUCCCGAAUGUGGACAAAAUUGGUUUUGCUUUUAGUAACAAGUAGAAAAUACGAGGAAAAAAUGAGCAUGCGCAACAUAAUUAAAAAGAAAUUAGAUUCAGUGAUCAAAACUAUUGAUGGUAAUUAAUUUAGGGCAUUUGCAAUCGCACGACAUGAAUAACGAUAUAACCUAGAAUUCAGAAGAAGAAUUUGUUAAACAUUAAUAAUAAUUAGCAGAAUGCAUGGUAUCGUGGGAGAAAAUUUGCAAAUAAUGGCAAUUGUUGUUAGUUAAUUCUAGAAUCCAUAAGUUUGGUGUUGAAAAAUUGUCUGCUUUGUACGAAUAAAAUCCUUAAGAAAAUGGUCCUCAUAUUAAACGAUUGGAAAUUUAGCACU